ACACGAACUCGGUCGUUAGUGAUUGUUUUGUGCGUUUUGUUCAUAAAUCCAAAAAAAAAAGUUUUAAUUAAAUUACUGAUCCAAACGGUGGAUUACGUGAUAGUGGUUCACGGUUUAAUCUCAUCAUGAAUGGGCUGCUGUUUGCCCUGGCCAGCGUUCUGCUGGUAGCGGCAUCGGUUUGGGCAACUCCGAUUGAAUCGAGCGGACGUCAGCUGUUCGGCGCUAAGGAAUGCACUUGGGGUCCGUCCUACUGGUGCUCCAAUCUAAAAAAUGCCAAAGGCUGCGGUGCGGUUACUCACUGCAUCCAAACCGUUUGGGAGAAGCAAACGUUCCCGGUGGACAACGAUGAAAUCUGCAACAUUUGUCUGGACAUGGUCAAACAGGCACGGGACCAGCUGGAAAGCAACGAAACCCAAGCUGAUCUGAAAGCUGUUUUCGAGGGAUCAUGCAAUCUGAUUCCGAUCAAGGUCGUUAAGAAGGAGUGCAAGCGGUUGGCCGAUGAUUUCAUUCCGGAACUGGUGGAAGCACUGGCGUCGCAAAUGAAUCCGAACGUCGUUUGCAGUGUUGCCGGUUUGUGUAACAAUGCCGCUAUCGAUAAAAUGCUGGAGGAGAUGCCGGCUGUGAAGCCGUUGGACGAAGAUGAUGUAGAUGAGCAGCCCGAAUCGGUUUCCGAUAGCGGCGAGGAUGAGUUCACUUGCGGCAAGUGUAACAACAUUGCUGAGUUGAUUUCCAACCGGUUCCAUUCGAGUGAUCGUGAUCAAGUGCUGGAAGGUUUCCUACGAUUCUGCGGUCAAAUGGGAUCGUUUUCCGAUGGCUGUUCCAGCAUUGUGCUGACCUACUUUGCUGAGAUCUACGAUCAUAUGACUAAGCAACUGAAUGCGAAGAACAUAUGUCACAUGUCGGGAACAUGUGCUGAUCAGUUCCAUCAACAUGAAGAUAGUGCCAGCGAAGACAUCGAAGUUCGUCCAAUGGGUGGUGUCGGAGUGAUUAAAGUGGACGCCGAUGGCGAUGACAUUCCUUGCAAGCUGUGCGAACAGCUGGUCGACCAUCUGCGCGAUGUAUUGAUUGCUAACACUACCGAGCUGGAAUUCAAACAGGUUUUGGAGGGUCUUUGCAAGCAAACCAAAUCGUUCAGCAAGGAAUGCCUCAGCUUAGUGGAUCAGUAUUAUGAUGUAAUCUAUAACACGCUGGUGCAUAACCUUAAUAGUAAUGACGCCUGCUUCAUGAUUGGUGUCUGCCCGAAAGGUUUAGCAGCAGGUUCAACGGGCCCAAUCAUGCCAAUUGUUCCGCUGAAGGUGGCAGUAAUGCAUGACAAAUAUGUAGCUGAAAAGAGGGAUUCCCCGAAGAAAUUGCUCGGCGAAGAUGAACCUAAACUGUCUGCCGUAGAAAUACAGCAAGCCCAGCUUCCGUUGGACCACCUGAUGGGUGCUCCACUGACGUUGCAAUUAGUUGAAAAUGGUCGUUUUUGCACCGUUUGUGAAUAUUUCAUGCAUUUUGUGCAGGAAGCGCUAAGCGAACCGGCUAAUGAAGAUGAGAUUAAACUGGUUGUAUCUAAGACUUGCGACCGUUUGCCGAGGGCUGUCGCUGGCGAGUGUCACACGUUUAUUGAUUUGUACGGCGAUGCCAUCAUUGCUCUGCUAAUCCAAUCCAUCGACCCACGUGAAGUGUGCCCACAAUUGCGCAUGUGCCCGACGGCCAACGAAGACAUCGAAAUAUUUUCACCUGCACAGAUUGACGUUACAAUCGAUGCCAACGCCGGCAAGGACAAACCAACAUGCCCGCUGUGUUUGUUUGCCGUGACUCAGUUGGAAGAGAACAUCAAAAAUGACCGCACCAAGGAAAACAUCAAACAAGCGUUGAGCAAAUUAUGCUCUCAUCUUUCGCCGAAACUGAAACUGGAAUGCACCGAUUUUGUGGAUACAUAUUCGGCGGAACUGGUUGAAAUGCUGGUUUCCGACUUUACUCCACAGGAAAUCUGUGUGUAUUUGAAGCUUUGCAUCGAUCAGCGACCUGAUUUGAGUCUUCUCAACAUGGAAUUCGAACGAGAAAAUCGACACCAAUUGAAACAUUUCGAUGUUGAAACCAACGAAAUACCGGACAUAACCGUUAAUGGACAGAUAACCGUGGACCAUCAGCCGGGUGUGUCUAAGCCGGAAUGUUUAGUGUGUGAAGAAAUGGUCAAGGAAGUGGAGAAACGCGUUAAGAACAAGAAAAGCAAGGAACAAAUCAAAGAAGCCCUCGAACAUGCUUGCGACCGGCUGCGCAAGUACAAAACCAAAUGCGAACGCUACGUCGAACAACACAGUGACCAAAUUAUUGAUCUGCUAAUGAGACAAUUGUCACCAAAGGAGAUUUGUCACAAUCUCGGUUUCUGCGUUACAAAGGAAAUUGAUGAAUUGGAGGUUGACGAAGCUCUGCUUGACUACGUCGUGGAACCGGUUGUAGCGGAACCUCCAAAAGAACUUGUUUCUCCGCUUGAAAAUAAGGACAAUCAACCUCCGCAAUGUGCAAUCUGUGAGUUUGUAAUGGUUAAACUAGAAUCGGAACUGGCAGACAAAAAAACCGAACAGGACAUCGAGAAUGCAGUAAGAUCGGUCUGUUCUAAGCUGCCAAACACAGUAACGAAACAGUGCGACCAACUGAUCGAUCAGUACGGGAAGUUCAUAAUCAAAUUUUUGGCCACCUUACCGCCGAAAGAAAUAUGCACCAGACUAGCGCUGUGCCAGAAGCAACUGCAGCUACUAGAAGAUAGCAGCCUGGAAAUAAUUGAGUGCGCUGUCUGCCAAGGUGCUGUCAAAACGGUUGACGAAAUUCUCGCCAAUGAGAAGAUGGACCAUGAUAUCGUGCAGGAUGUAGAAAAGAUUUGCAACACCGUUCCGGCUAAGUUCUAUGAAAAGUGCGAAAAGAUGAUUGCCGUGUAUGGCAUCAGCAUGGUCCGACAGUUGCAAAACUACGUCGAGAAGGAGCAAGUAUGCGUCAAUAUGGGAAUGUGCAGCAGCCCGACGGGAUAUGUGCGUUUCGAGGAUGAAGUCGAAAAGAACGACCGCAUCGAGAAGAAGCACGCCUAUUUGGUGGGUAACCAGGACUGCACCAGGGGACCGACGUACUGGUGCGCUAGCGAAGAAAAUGCUCAGAAGUGUAAGGUCAGUAAAUACUGCUCUGAGAAGAAGCUUGGUAAAUGGCAGCAGUAAGUCCAAAAACUGAUUAUUAAGAGAGAAGUAACUGUUUUGCAAGAGAACAGCAGCUUUGUAUAAUGUAAACGAUACCAAGAAGUGCUAUAGUAGAUCGAUUUAAGAAGAUGAUAUGGAAGGAAUAUUUUCUUUUUCCCACUUUUGAUUUGCGUUUAACUCUAGUUACAUUACCAAUUAUCGAACACAGCAGUGGAUCAGUUUUUAAACGGUGAUGAACCUCUAGGAUAAAAUUUUUAAUCAUACUUGUCAGCGCGAAAAGAGAGGUAAGUAUUGCAGGCUAUUUGAGCAGAAUUCACGAUAGACCUCAGCGCCGACUCCAAAAUUAGGCUGUUAAUAUCGGUUAAUUUACAUUUACCUGUAAAAAUGUGUUAUAACAAUGGAAAUGAGUGAACUUUAAUAAAAUCUGAAUUUGUA